CUCAGAACGAGCAAAGCGUAUGGUAUGGGAUCUCUUAGCGUUACGCUAUCUAGGUAAGCCCAGACGCUCGAAGGAUUUCAGCUGACGGUAAGCAUUACACCGGUCCCGCGCUCGGCAUAUAAGAUCUUCGCAUCGCCCUUUGUGUUCAUGUUUCAUCAUAGCCACUUUCCCCCCUCCUAUUCGCAAGCAACAUGACCGAACGCUCAGAUAUCGAAUUCAAGACCAUUGACCAUGUCACAUUGCGAGGCUGGAUCUUCAAACCGAAAGAUGCACAAGGCAAAUACCCUUGCCUGAUAAUUUCGCAUGGCUUGACCUGCCUGAAAGAGAUGUAUCUGGACACGUUGGCCGAACGUCUCACCUCCGUCUUGCCGAUCGCUUGUUUGGUCUACGACCACCGCGGCUAUGGGUCCAGCGAUCAGAAGGAAAACGAGCCUCGUAACGAGAUUGUCGGAACACAACAAGCUAGCGACCUCCAAGAUGCCAUUACCUAUGCUCAGUCUCGAGAAGAUGUGGAUGCAUCGAAGAUAGGUCUCUGGGGCUAUUCUUACAGUGGUGGCCAUUCGACUUGGGUCGCUGCUAUCGAUCGUCGUGUCAAGGCAGUCAUAGCUGUGGCACCUUUCUCCACAGGCGACAUUCUCAUAAAUAAUCUGAGAACGGACUUUGAGGACACGGUCCAUGGAAUGCUUGCUCAAGAACGACUGUCUAGAGCAGCAGGAAACGAGCCUGGAAAGAUGCCAGUCAUAGUGGAGAACCCAGUCGACCAGGCUGCACUACCGCAUGCCGAAAGCUUUGCCUUCUUCUCUCCCUGGGUCGAGAAGAUCGGCUGGAAAAACGAGCUGACCAUCCGAAGUUUCGAAAGCAUAAUAGAGUAUUUCCCAUCCGCUCGCAUUCACCAAAUCGGACCCACGCCGCUCUUGAUGCAAGUACCGGAGAAAGAUGUUGUUGGCGUUACAACAGCAAUGCUCGAAGCAUACAGUCGUGCCAGAGAGCCAAAGGAGUUGCAAAUGCUUCCUGGUGGACACUUUAGCAUAUUCGAAGGGAAGGAUUUUGAGACACUGUUGGCCAAAGAGGUCGAGUUCUUGAAGAGAACCCUUCUCAGAUAAACAGAUUGCUGUUUUGGGGCUAGCCUUGUGCGGGGUAUUUCUUCUGCUUAUGAAGGCAGAUCUUCGUUCGCCAU